AUGCAAGACGUUGUACCCAUUGAGUUGACAUCCAGUGAACCAAAAGAGUGUCAGGAAAUCAAUAUGAAUGCCAUUCAAAACACCUCAACCACCAAUGCAACCAACAUAUCACAGUCCAAUGGUUUAUAUCAGACUGUUGUGGCAAACAAUCAGAUACAAGAGCUGGCUUCCGAACCCCCAACCAUUAAUACAGAUUUCAAUUCAAAUUCUCUCAGCAGUGAUUCACCACUUAUUUCACCGGGUUCACUCCAAUAUCUUGUCGCUGAUUUAUUUGCAUCUAUUGAGGCUAACAAUACUUAUCAUAGGAAACGCAAACUACAGGAUAUGCCACAAAACACUGGCACUCACACCAAACUUAUGGCGAUUGAGUGUCAAUCAUACGAUCGGUCAAAUAGAAAGGAUGGCAGUGUUAACCAUGGUGCUCAGUUGAAAACAACCAUCACCAAGGGACUCACUCAAAAGGCCUACAACCGAAAAGGCCUAAAGCCUAAAAGGUCUAAACCCCAAAAGGCUUAA